CUUGAUGAUGAAGGGAGGCAAGUGAUAGAAGUUGGAUAAAGGUAAGACUUUCUGUAAAUAAUACUCUAUCUUUUAAUGCAAUUUUCAAUUAAGAGAGAACAACUUGCUUGUUGAUCAGAGUGGAUGAGAUUCAGCGCCCAUUGCGUCUGAACUGUUGCGUGACUUCGGCCCGUAUCCAUACUUGUAUAAAAUUAUUGGCAGAAAACGUUUGAAUAAUCAUAUAUUUAUUGUAAACUAACGUCGGAAACGUUUAUUCAUACAUCAGAAACUCUAAAGAAGCAGUUUUGCACUUUGAUCAAGGCCUUGCCUGAAACAAAAUGGAACCAUUAAUAAGUAGUGAAUGUUUGUAUGUAAACCUGGAAGGCAAGUUAUUCGUGACAUCAGCGUUAUUUUGAGAGUCUGUUGCUCAAUCCCUUACGUCACUCUAAUUUAUGCAAAGUAGUGAUACGUGAUAAUAUUUUUUUACGAAGUGGUACGUGUUAAUGUGAAAGUUAUCGAGAUAAACACCACCACUGAAGUGGAUUUAAUUUCCAUUCUUUGGGUAAAUUUGCGAUUCAGCGUCCGAGUUCAAAUAUAUACUUUGCUUUGAGGAUAUUGGAAAAGAUUAUGAGCGAUUUUUGGAUAGAGUAAGAAUAGGACGAUGUUCGAUUAGCACCGCGCUGACGAAACAAGAUUUCAACAUCUACGCGGUUUCUGCUUGCAUUUGUAAACAGUGCCACAAUCGUCGAAAAAAAUUUGGAUCAUUUGCCGAUGAAUCUCAAAGUUUGAACGGAUUUCUCUUAGAGAUAGUUACGCUGCGAGUGUGAAGAGAGAGCGACUCUUUUCUUAGUCGAAAGAAUCGCUGAAAGAAACAGCUAGUUGAAUUUAAACGUGAUGUUUACAUCCCAUUUCAUGGUGAUGUGACGUCAUGCAGGUCGUAAAGUCACGCACAUUCUGGAAACGGACGUGACGAGGUACAGGUUCACUCUACUUAUAGAUAUCUACAAAAAUUGGAGAGUAGAGGCUAUAUAUGCUUAAGUUUGUGCGUUUAUCCUCAUAUAGAAUUUUCAUUCAGAGGAAAACUGUGGGCACUUUACUGACUCAUUUCAUUGGCUGAACUAUGGUUGUCACAAUCGACGCAAUUGUGGAUACUGAUAUGAAAUUCGUAAACGGAGUAGACGAAAGGCUUAAUUGCCCGAUCUGUCAGAAGGUUUUUGAUGAGCCCUGGCAGACAUCGUGUGGACAUCGAUUUUGUAGGCAUUGUCUGGAACGUCUUUUAGGGUAGGUCGAAAUUCAUCAUUUACUACUAAAUUCUUAUCCACUCCUGCUUUCCGCCUGAAACGAAAUUGCUUCAGAAAAAAUUGAAAUCUGCUUUAUUUACAUUUCUAUUUGGCGGCUGAAAGUUUCCACUUACGGGUGUAAAUGAAACCACUAGCUAUUUCCGAGUUACGUCCGACACUUUUUCCGCCUCGGAUGGGAAAAGCCAUCUGGUUCUGUCGAAUUACCGGGAAUAAGUGCUGAAUGAAAUAAUAGAUUUUAUAGUUAUAGUUAACUUCGAAUUUUCUCCUUCAGACAAGAAGACCCAAGAUGUCCGAUAGACGGUGAAUCAAUUUCAAGACAGCAAUCUUUUAGGGAUAAAUGCUGUGAGAGAGAAGUUCUUAAUCUCCAGUGUUUCUGCCGAUUUAAUAACAAAGGAUGCGAUUGGAAAGGGGAGCUCAGACAUCUAAAGGUAAUUUGUGUAAUAUUUGCAUGCACCCUAAUCGAUCUACCCAAAUAAAGUGGUGUUGUGAACUUGCCUGCCUUCAACACUUAAACAAAGCUUUUGGCUGGUUGAAAUCAGCAAACUUUCGGGCAAUUAACUUGGCUAAGACGUACGUGAGGUAUAUCUCGCCGCCGAAAGGUGCAAAAUCUUCGAAAAGCUUCUAGAAAGUACAAUAACCAUGGCUGGUCACGCACGCAAACAUGUUGCGAAAUUUUCAAUCAACGGUCUCGGCUAGAAAUUUCUAGCAAACAUGACAGCCUAAACAGGUGCUGAAUUCUGAUAUUGUGAGAGCUUAUUGCCCGUGUAACGAUGAAACAUAGAGACCUAUUUAAAACUUUAAGACUAUCCCAGACAAACUCUUAUAAUUCACAUGAUUAGAGUGGCGUGACUUCCUAAGACUUCUAAAAUGUAAAUACCUGCCUGCAAGUCACAAGUGAGGUUUGAAGUAGCGAGAAGAGGUAAAAAUAAAACAAAAUUAAAAAGCAAAAAAUAUUUUUAAAAUAAACUGUUAUUUAAGCUCCAUGCUUUUUUUUAACAGGCUCACGAAGAUAGCUGUCAGUACGGUAAUGUAAAAUGUCAAGCGUGCGGUGAAACUGUGGAGAGGAGACAGCUCACAGCGCACAGGGAACAAGAUUGUAUCAACAGGGCAGUGGCGUGUACUUACUGUGGUGGUAAAGUUCGGCAUAACAAUAUGAAGGUAAGAUGAUCAGCUCCAUCGUUAAAACAAAAACAAAUUAUGCAAAAUCUAUAUCUUCAAGAAACCGAUAUGGAUUGACACUGACAUGCUCGACGUUUGUCUCAAAAUAUGAAGACUGUAGAGAAAUACCAGUUGAGUUUCACGUCAGCACAUACAUGUACAUGAAGUUUAUAUUUUCGAAAUUUACAUCAGUUUGGUUUGGUCUGAUAUGAACAAGGUGUUAAUAAUAUAAUCGUAUCGUCUAUACUGCAUAAAAGCUCAACUCGACCCCAACUUAUAUUUUAUAUCUUCUAAAGGAACAUUUGGAUGUCUGCCCUAAGUUUCCAAUCCAGUGCUUCUUGAACUGUGGUGAAGAAGGUAUACCAAGAGACAUGAUGGAAGAACACAUGACCACACGUUGUCUUAAAGCUGAACAUCUAUGUCCUUUCAGUGUUCAUGGCUGUGAAUUUAAGGUUAGUUAUUUACUUUUUGUCUAUUUGUUUGAUCUUUCGUCCCAAUAUAUUUACAUAAAUGUCUGAGCGAACAAGGAUCUAAGAGCAGAGAAUAGCUUAUCGGACCCAUUGUAAAGACCACCUUGUGUAAUUUGUAUUGCCACGAUCUAAAUCAGUUUUUCUUUUUCUACAGGGCACUAAACAAACAAUCGAUCAACACAUUGCUGAGAAUAUCGAGUCUCAUCUUGAAAUGAUGAGCUAUUCAAGCCAUGAAUGUAACGAGAAAUCAAAACAGAUGGAAGAGAAGAUAUAUCGUCUAGAACAAGAAAAGAGUGCUUUGGAACAUCAACUACAAAAUCAAGCAGAGGUGUUGGCAGCUGCAAGACAAAACAUACAAACGCAACAGACAAAAUUGUCCCACGUAGAAAACUCCAUCAUCGAACAAAAGAGGACAACUGAGAAACUGCUUGCCGAUUUGAAGGUUUUUGAGGCAUCUAGAACUAAAGGGGAUGUUGUCUCGUCUCAGAUGGAAGAAAUAAUGAACACGCUGCGAGAGCAAGAGAAGGAGGUGAGCAGUCUUCAGGGUGAAGUGGUCCGUUUGAAAUUAUCCCCUGCCACGCCAAAUAGUGCGAGUAACUAUUGUUCAAAAUUCGACGUGUCUGUCACUCGUGAGUCCGAGCGCCGGCUGGACAGGAAUGAGCACCAGCUAGCAUUGCACGACAUUCAAUUGUCUGAUCAUGAUAUGCAGAUUCAAAUGCUGGAGGCUACAUCGUAUAAUUGCACCUACGUUUGGAAGAUCGACCGCUACAGUCAACGCUUCCAAGAGGCUGUUACUGGAAAGACUCUAUCUAUUUACAGCCCUCCUUUCUAUGUGGGACGGUUUGGGUACAAAGUAUGUGCUCGUCUCUACCCCAAUGGAGACAGCAUUGGCAAAGGAACGCAUUUGUCAAUGUUCUUUGUUGUCAUGAGGGGUGAAUACGAUGCUUUAUUACCUUGGCCGUUUCUCCAAAAGGUUCAUUUUCGAUUGAUAGACCAGGACAGGAUCCGGGACGCGUAUGAUGCGUUUCGCCCUGAGCCUAACAGCUCAAGCUUUAAAAGACCCACAUCAGACAUGAACAUAGCAUCUGGCUGCCCGACGUUUAUUUCUCACAUGGAACUAAGGCAAGGUGGCUAUAUUCGGAACGAUACAAUGUUUAUCAAAAUAACUGUAGAUACCACUGGUCUGCAAGGAGAUAUGUGGCAGUAA